AUGAUUUUUGAGGCUCAAGCAACCGUACCGAUCAGUGAAGAAGAAUUGUUUCGCCAGCAAGAAGAGUUGCGCCGGCGUGAACAAGAAUUAAUUCGACGCCAACAAGAUUUGGACAACCGCGCACGUCAACAACAACGUGCGAGUAAUGGGCAGAGACCGCCUCACAAUUGGCCGCCUCUACCCAAAAUUAUACCGUUGGAGCCUUGUUUUUACCAGGAUAUUGAUGUGGAGAUUCCUGCACAGUUUCAAGAGACUGUUCGUCUUGUCUACUAUGUUUAUCUAAUUUAUGUUCUUGCACUCUCUAGCAACGUUAUGGGUGCCCUAUUUUAUUUUUUGUUUGCCGGUGGUGGUUUUGGCCUGAUGUUUCUCUCAAUUAUUCAACUUAUAUUGUUUACUCCCUGUGCAUUCCUUUUAUGGUUCCGACCUGUUUACAAAGCUUUUCGUGAUGAUUCUUCAUUCAAUUUUAUGAUGUUUUUCCUGGUCCUUUUCUUCCAUACAAUUUUCUGUCUAGUUCAGAUGCUUGGACUUUCCUAUGCCGUUGGGUGGACAAACACUAUUGAAGCAUUUAAAGAUCACUGGUUUAUUGGGCUUAUUAUGCUCGUACCAACCUUUGCAUUUACUAUUGCAUUUGCGGGAAUGUGUCUUUCAUUGUUUAAGGUGCACAGUUUCUACCGUGGUAACGGCACCGGUUUUAGUAUUAACAAGGCGCGACAAGAAUUUAGCAAUGGGGUAAUGUCUGAUAGAAAUGUUCAGAAUGCCGCAAACCAAGCUGCGCGUGCUGCAGCAGCUCAUGCCGUAAAUGAAAUGGUCAACAGUGGAGGUAGAUAUUAA